AUGGAACACCAUUCCAUAGAAAAUUUGGAUGAAGACGGAUAUACUCAAUUAGACUUCAGCUCUUGCAAUAUCAUCAGGAAACCUGUAGUCUCAGAGAAAGGAUUUUGUGCUGCAUCCCCUCGUUGGCGUCCCAUUGCUGUGACUUUGGGAAUUUUAUGCUUGGUAAUGCUGGUGAUAACUGUGGUCCUGUGUACCAUGGCUAUCUGGAGACCCAGUUCAGGGAACAACCUGUUGAAGGAUAACAGCUUUCAAUCAAGAAAUAAAGAGAACCACAGUCAACCAUCUUUAGAAGACAAUGUGGCUCCUACCAAGACUCUCACGACCACAGGAGUUCUUUCUAGCUCUUGUCCCCCUAACUGGAUCACACAUCAGAAUAGCUGUUAUCUAUUUAGCACAUCAUUAGAUUCCUGGGAUACAAGUAAAAGACGGUGCUUGCAACUGGGCUCUAAUCUCCUGAAGAUAGACAGCUUAAACGAGUUGGAAUUUAUAUCUAGGCAAGUGUCUUCCCAACCUGACCAUUCAUUUUGGAUAGGGCUUUCUCGCCGUCAGACUGAAGAACCAUGGCUCUGGGACGAUGGUUCAAUGUUGUUGUCUAACUUGUUUCAAAUCAGAAAAACAGUUACCAAACAAGACUCAUCUCACAGUUGUGUAUGGAUUCAUGUGUCAGUCAUUUACGACCAACUUUGUAGUGUGCCUUCAUACAGUAUUUGUGAGAAGAAGCUGUCAACAUAACGGUGGGGGUGUCGCUGUGGAGGAGCAGAGAGAAAUAUGUAAGAUAGUAAGGAGGGUAGAAAACAACAUGUUUAUGACCAAAAGCAUCAUAAAAAAAUCAUCCAAUUCCGUCUCUUUUUUUCUCAAAUAGCCGAGAGAAUAUGUCUGCCAUAUCUCUGACUAAGAGAAUCUUGUAAAAUGCGAAAUUGUAGGGAAUCUGCUGUUACAAGAAAGCUUUCUCCUUUUUAAAUACUAUCAAUCAAAAAAAGAUCUGAUAAUGAAUAUAAAAAAGUAACCUGUCCUAUUGACAGAGGUAUUAACAUGUUGUAAUGCAAAAUAUGUUUUAUUACUUUUUAUGAUUACUGUUUUGCAGUUUUCAGCAAUUC